GUACCAGGGACGGAACUAGUGAUAAUCGGACUUCAGAUUCAACAGGCUUGAUGCUGUGCGGCACAGCGCUGGAUUGGCAACACAAUUAUAGGUAGGCUUCAUGGAAAAUUUCAAAGUCCUCGUCAUCGGAGGUUCACGAAACAUAGGGUAUUACUCUGCCGUCCGACUACUAGCUCUCGGCGCUACCGUUACAUUCCUCCUGCGCUCACCACAAGUCUUCGAUCAGGAUGAUGUGAUUCAAAACUACAUCAAGCAAGGUAAAGCCUGCCUCGUCCAAGGCGAUGCUCUCGUGAAGAACGAUGUCCGCCGGGCAUGGUCCGAGGCUCAGCAUCAGCAAGGAGACUAUACCAGACCAGUCGACUUCCUCAUUUUCACAGUCGGCGGAACACCCCAUUUCUCACUAACAAAAGGCUUCAUCUUCACCCCACCAAACCUCGUUACCCAAUCCCUCCUUAACGUCCUCGAGACUCUGCCAUCUCCGCACCCAAAGAUCAUUACGAUCUCGUCUACAGGCCACACGCAAGCCUCCCACCAAUCUCUCCCUCUCCCUCUCAAACCACUCUAUAGCUACCUCCUUUCUGUACCACUCAAAGACAAACGUGGCGCGGAGGAAGCUAUAGCUCAUAGCGCAGGGUGGACUUGGGAUGCAAGAGACAGCGCGGGCGAAGAAAUUUCCGGUGCUGAUUGGACGGGCCGUAUCCCCAAUCCUGGGGAACUCAAGAGUAUCGUCGUUAUCCGGCCCGCAAUGCUAACUGAUGGGAAGUGUCGUGCGGACAUUAAAAGUAAAGGAAGCGAAGCUUAUCGAGUGAAAGAAGGGGAUUGGGAGUGCGGUUGGACGGUUUCGAGGAGGGAUGUCGCGCAUUUUCUCGUGGAGGGUGUAGUGAGGCAUUGGCAGGAGUGGGAGGGGAAGUGUGUGAGUGUUGCGUAUUGAUUAUCAUUAUAUUUGUAGGACUGCAUUCUACAUGUUUUCGACGCCCUUGUAUGUGAACUUUUGGCUCAGCUUUUUUUGCGGCACACUGACGUGCGCAGAUCAUUCGAAAGAUGCAAGCAGAUAACAUAUAUAUGGACCGAAGUAGUGCUUGUGACGGACUGGGACAGUGACCUCCGAGACAGUAUAGUAGAAAUUAUACACUCAAGACAAGGGGACCUGAAC